UCGAGAAUAUCGGAGGAGGAGAUGAAGGUUGUGAGGGGUCACGUGCCGGUUCUGGUGGGGAAGGAGGAUGGGGCGCUGGAGAAGUUCGACGUGCACGUGAGGGCGUUCAAGGACCCGUGCAUGGUGACGCUGCUGGAGCUGGCGGCGCAGGAGUUCGGCCUUGGCCACCGGGGAGUUCUUCGUAUCCCCUGCGACGUUGAUCAUUUCCGGCGAAUGUUGGAAGCCAUCUACUCCAAGUGCAACUGUUGCGUGAUACACAGACUCGUCUCACAAUUUUAAUUUAUUUAUUUUCUUCAAAUUGUAUCGGCUGCAAUAGAGUAAACAAAUGGAAUUCAUAUAAAAAAGCUCAAA